GGCCUCUUUCUCGUCGUCUACUUCGCCCCUUCAUCUCCUCCGGGUGAUUGCCCUCUUUUACUUCACCGUCUACUGGUCUCUCUCUCUCUCGCCGUCUACCAGUCUCUCUACUACCAUCUACUUGAUGGCUAGCUGGAAUGAUAACGAACGUGUGAGGCCAUUGGUUGCGGCGUUUACUACCAUUGUUGUGGUCGUCGCCUGCCUAAUUGAGGAAAUGAAUCAAACUAGACAAGGGAGAAGUAAAGAACCAUCUAUAUUUCGGGACCUAACUAGAAAAAGGCAUAUGGAACGUGUUUUAAGGAGUGGCCGCGACUAUUGUGUGAGUUACCUUAGGAUGGAUGUAGGUCCUUUUAUGCAUCUAGCGUCGAUCAUGCGUGACAAGCACCUCCUUCUCGACACACGUUAUGUAUCUGUCGAGGAACAGUUAUCCAUGUUCUUGCAUAUUGUCGGUCACAAUACCAAAAAUAGGACCAUGAGGGUUGAAUAUGUCCGAUCGGGUGAGACAAUAAGUCGAUAUUUCAAUAACGUACUGAAAGCUAUUUGUGCCAUCCGAGAUGAUUUCGUACAUCCCCCUUGCGGCAAUUGUCACUCGGAAAUCGAAUGUAACCCGAACUGGUACCCAUUUUUCAAAGACUGUAUAGGUUUGCUAGAUGGGACGCAUAUUGAUGCAUCCGUUCCCCUUCAAGAACUACCUCGGUUUCGUGGUCGAAAAGGCCCAACACAAAAUGUCUUGGCUGUAGUGAACCCUGACUUGCAGUUCACUUAUGUGUUGGCGGGUUGGGAAGGAUCAGCCAAUGACUUCACUGUCCUAAAAGAUGCACUAUCAUGACCACAACCUGAAGGUCUAAAAAUGAUAGAAGGUAGGGAACCGUGCAUUUUAGCAAUUAAAAAAUUUCAAGAUAAUCCACUUGACGAAUACCAUUCUUGUAGGGAAAUAUUAUCUUGUAGACGCUGGUUAUACCACUAUGCAGGGUUUCAUAGCACCUUAUCGAGGUGUUAGGUACCACUUAAAAGAGCAUAGUGGACGCGCUCCAACAAACCCCAAGGAAUUGUUCAAUCUACGACACUCGAUGCUUCGAUCUCGAGUAGAGCGUGCUUUCGCAAUCUUGAAGAACCGUUUCAAAAUCCUUACAUCACAUCCAUUCUUCCCAUU